GCAAUCUGAUCCAAUACAAAAAAAGUCGCAAUAAACAACUUAUAUCAAAUAAAGCAAUAUCCCAUAAUCCAUUGCAAAGCUGAAAAAGGCCUUAUGUGCAAAUGCGAGGAAGUUAGUCAGGCAUGCUUCGUCUUAUAUUAUCGUCAAGAGCUUAAGCAAUAAAAAAGCCGCUCCUGAAAACAUUUGCACCAUUUUAUAAAUAGGAAAGUAACACUGAAGCUUUGUAAUGGGGACUGCCUACGCAUGGUGCAUUUAAAACACAUGGCCGGUUGCUGCCCUUUUUAGCCCUGACCUGGUGCCAGGUAUGGAGUAGGUUUCCUCGUAGGAUGAACCCCGCAGGUCAGGGAGCCAGAGGAGCAGGCAGGACUGUGUUGAUACCUGAGGAAGAAGCUCUGGAAAUGUCAGAAGAGGAGGUGGAGUCGCCCCCCAGGCCUUGAGAAUGAGGCCUCCAGAAGCUUUAGGUCCAAGCCAAAGAGCAACAGCACAAUUGCGGGAACGGGAGAGGAGAGGCUUAAUACGAGCAAACAACACGUGUGAGGUUGACGCUGGCUGGAACUAGACGGAGCCAUCCAUCCCUGUAAUUUGGCUGGAAGGCAGCACAAAAUGCCCAUCGAUUCCCGAACUGCGAGACAGCUUGAUAGAGUCCCUUCUUGGAUGGAUCGAACCUACUUUGUUCUUAACUAACUAAGCAAGCAACUGGUACUGACCCGGAUAUUGCCAGUCACUGAUUGUUUACCAUCAAGUUCUGCUCUGUUCUGCCUGAUUGUAGUUUUCAGAACCAGAGGAUUCCAGGUUUAUCUGGGGCAGGGCGUGUGCCCUGCAGCUCGUGUCCCUCCAGGUGGGGGGCAUCCAUCCAGCAGCCCCACUUCCCUUCUCCCUACCCCUCUGGCCUUCAGCUCCAUUCCAUGGGGGUGGAUGGCAUGUAUGAGAAGAGCAGAAUGCUGAACAUACAGAACAGCACGUGGGGCAGCCGCCAAGAGUGGUACCAAGACAGUUUGGUGACAGGACCACCCAACCCUGAUAGUUGCCAGCAGCUGGAGAGUGGCUUGGACCCUGAGCACCCGCAAGGUGCAAGCACCCAAGACCUAGAUGAGUCCCAAAUCCGUUUGCAGCUGAAGCGCAAAUUGCAAAGGAACCGGACGUCUUUCACCCAGGAGCAGAUAGAGGCGCUGGAGAAAGAAUUUGAGCGCACUCACUACCCCGAUGUCUUUGCCCGUGAACGCCUGGCAGCAAAGAUCGACCUCCCGGAGGCCCGGAUCCAGGUCUGGUUCUCCAACCGCCGAGCUAAGUGGCGCCGGGAGGAGAAGCUGAGGAACCAGAGGCGCCAGGCGGGGGGCACCGGGGGCCACCUGAGCAUAAACAGCAGUUUUGGCUCCGCGGGCAGCACUGUCUACCAGUCCCUCCCCCAGCCGACGGGGUCAGGCACCAUGUUGGGCCGUACGGAAAGCGGCCUCAGCAACAACUAUGGCGCCCUUCCGCCCUUGCCGACCUUCUCUAUGGCCAACAGCCUCCCUAUCCAGCAGGCCGUGCCCCCCGUGGCCAGCCAGACGUCGUCUUACUCCUGCAUGCUCCCCGGCGGCUCAUCAGUGCGAAGCUACGAUUCUUACACGCCCUCCCAGCUCUCCUCUCAUAACCUGAGCUCCAGCAACGGGGCCUCUACUGGGUUAAUCUCUCCAGGAGUGUCUGUUCCUGUCCAAGUCCCUGGUGGGGACCCUGACCUUGCCCAGUAUUGGCCAAGGUUACAGUGAGGAAAGAAGCGGA